AUGGGAAAUAAUUUGAAGGCUCGUAAAAGACUAUAUUUAGACUAUCAAAAGUCAGGAAAAACUCAAUUGAUGAAUCUUCUAACAGAUUAGGAAUUUGAUAGCGAGUAUAGACAGACUUAAAGAGUACAGCUAGGUUUGAAGCUAUUAAACUUUAAGGAAGGGAAAAAGAACCCAAUAUCUUUCAGGUAUGUGGAUUGCCCAGGAUAAUACUUGCAUUAUAUGAAGGCAAGCAUGUACGCUUUCUAAAAGCCUGAUAUAAUCUUGAUAUUAAUGGACGGUAGCUUGAAGUUGGAGGAGUAGUAGAUUAGAAAUUGGGUUUUUACUACAAUGCAGCAAGUUUACUAGCACCAUAGAUACAGAUCUAAUGCCCCUCAAUUAAUGGAAAUAAAUAAUUAAGAUGAGCAAUUACUAGAACAUACACCUAAUUUGAGAGGAGAACGACGUAGGAGCAGUGCAAAAAGCGCUAAUAGAAUGAGCAACAAUACUGGACAAUUUAAUCCUAUGAAUGGAGGAGGCAGUGGUAUGAAUCAAAACAAUGACGUUAAUCAUAAAAGCUCUGGUGUCAUCGAUAACAAUGAGCAAUCCCUUAGAGGAAUGAGUAAUGUUGACUAGUCUCACUCUCCUUUGACAAAAUAAGCAGCCUUUGUAGAUGAUUAACCUGGAUUCAUGCCUGAAAUAGUGCAUGUGUUCACCAAGAGGGACUUGAUUGGCUAUGAUGGCUACUAAAAAUAGCUUAAAGUCAUAGAGGAACUCUAGCAUGAGGGAAUCAUUGACCAAUUUUUCUUUGUCUCAUCUCUCUCUAAGUAUGGAAUUAACGACCUUAAGAAGUACCUAGUUGAAUUCCAAUUGCAAACUCAAUUUGUAGAAUAAUCUUUUAAGUGA